AGCUAUUGACACUUCCUCCGCCCGCCGCCGUGUUAGGAUCGCGCCGAUGCGGCCUCCGGAGGUCAUCGACCCAUCGAUGAGUCGGGAGCCUGACCCAGGUGUGGAAAGUGCAGAAAAUGUAGUAAUGAAGAACUGUUCAUAAUUAACCUUUCAUCACUGGAGGCUGAAGUAAAAUAUACACAAGAUUCCUCCAUCAACAAAGGCAAGGCACAGCUGAAGAGAAUAGGGGUCUGAGAAUUUAGAUGUGGAAUGCAGUUGAGCUACAAAGAAAGCCUAGGGAGCCCACAAAAGCAACAUGCCUAAAAGUGAUGCUGUGCCUACAAGGAACAGUUUAAGGAUACCACAAAAAGAGAAAAGAGACAAGGGCUCCACAGUGCUGGAGAUGUGCCGCAGGUUAGGAGAGAAACAAGGAUGGUGAAAGAACUUGAAAUCCUGCCAUAUGAUGAUUGAUUGAAGGAACUGAGAAGACAUAAAGGGGAAUAAGAUAUCUGUGUUCAGGAAAGAAGAAGCAAUUUGUUUUCAACUACAUCAUUGCACUCCAUAUACGUUAUAUAUCUUCUCCAGAGUGGAAAACAAAUAUGGCAUUUCCUAGAAUUGUAAUGGAAAGUGAGGAGGAGGACCAUUUUGAAGAUGCCUUUGAAGAAAUUCCAGUACCAACAUCAAUCGACCUUCCUUCAUCCAUAGAAGAAAGUACGAUAGGAUUGUAUUUAUUUCUAAGUAAUAAAUUCUCAGAAGCUAUGGAUUCACUUCGUCCGUUAUAUAAUAAAAGCAUGUACCAUGCCCUUAUCUAUGGCAUUAUUGUGGUUCUUAGGGCCUUCCUGACUUUAAAUCCACAAGAUAUACAAAUGGCAAACACCACAAUGAAUGAAGUUUUGAAAACUUGUGAAAAAUUCAGAAAAAAAACCUCAAUGAUUAGUUCGCUGUCUCGUCUAAUUUAUAAAAAAGGAAUAAGCAUAGUUAAGGAAGAAGAAUUUCAUGCAGAACUCUGCUAUGCUCAAAGUUUAUCCCUGAAAGCAUCUUUGAUACUUUUACAAGAAGAAAAUAUGUUUAGUUUUCUCAAAUCUGGAAUUAAUUUUGGGCUAAGUUAUCAAAUAUAUAGAGAUUGUCAAGAGCUAUUUUUACAUUUACCAAACUACCAAAGCAAAACCCAGAAACAUUUGGCUGGAGGAAUAAAAUUUGGAAUUGGAAUAUUCAAUUUGAUAACAGCACUGGUACCACCUAAGGUUCUUUCACUAUUGAAUUUUGUUGGUUAUCCUGGCAAUUUGGAAUUAGGUCUCACUUCACUCUAUGAAGGUGCAUUAUCUUCCAGUAUUAACAACAUACUAUGUUUGUUAACCUUGUUCCUAUAUUAUAGUUACAUCUCUGUAACUCUUGGCACUGGAAAGGAAAAGAAGCAUAAUUUAGAAGCUCUCCUUUUAAGUUAUCUCAGGAAGUUUCCAAACUGUGUCUUCCUUGUUUUUUGUUAUGGACGCUUAAACAUGCUAAAAGGGAAUUUUGACUAUGCAGAGUUAAAACUUCAACAAUGCAUUUUUUUACAAAAUGAAUGGCAGCAACUUCAUCACUUCUGCUACUGGGAACUUAUGUGGUGCUACAUUUUCCAGCAGGAAUGGCGUUCUGCUUACCACUAUGCAGACCUACUCUGUCAACAUAGCAAAUGGUCCAAAGCUUCCUACACAUUCAACAAAGCUAUCAUUUUGACCAUGCUUCCUGCUGAAUUUGUGAACUCAGUAGGUGAGGAUAUAACAUCUUUAUUUUUAAAAGUAGACAGCCUAAAAAUCAAAAUUUUAGGGCAUUCUCUCCCAGUGGAAAACUUUGCUGCUUUGAAAUCCCAACGCUAUAGUGGUACUACCUCCUGGCAUACAGCACAACCUGUUCUGGAGCUUAUGUAUAUCUGGAGUGGCUUCCGAAUUAUUAGAAAAAGACAAGACCUCCUUUCACUCUGGCUAGUACUGAUUGAAAAAGAAGAGACAGUUUUACCAGAAGAACAAAACGAAGAUUAUCAAAUAGAUGACAAGUGUUUGGUAUAUUUACUAAAAGGUCUAUGCCUAAAAUAUCUAGGCAAAUACUGGAGAGCUGAGCUAUACUUUAACCGUGUUAUUACAAAUGAAAAAAUGAUCAAGUUUGAUACCUAUUUGGUACCAUAUGCAUACUAUGAGCUGGGAUUACUUCAGUAUCAACAAGGAAAUAAGAAUACAGCAAUAAGAACCCUAAAGUAUAUUAAAAACUUUAAAGACUUUUCCAUGGAGAGCAGAUUACACUUUAGGGUUCAUUUAGCCCUUCAGCAAAUGACUAAAAACAAAUGAUUUUAAAAUAAGUGGUGAUUUUAUUCCACAUAAAUGUAAUAUCUAAAAUAAACAAGAUGCCAUUAACAAAAAAAAAAAAAAAAAAUCAGUUCUGUGUGGAAAGAAUCCAAGAAAAGGUAGUUGCUAAAAGUAUCUGAACAAUAUGUUAAGGUAUCUAACAUCACAGUAACCUCUUUUCAAUAGCUAUCAAAUGCUUCAAAGGUUUAAUUUAGCAAAUAGAGUGAUUUACAUCCUUGAAUAAUAAAAUGUAGAAGAUUGAUCUGGGGAGGUUAAAGGGAUGAGAUCAUUGUUUAAAUCAUAACCUCCUGCUCCUAGCUGCCAAAAAGGCAACUAGAUGGCUUAAAGCAAAGAGCCUGGGCCUGGAGUCAGGAAGACCUGCAUUCAACAUCGGCCUUAGACACCAUCUAGCUGUGUGUUGCUGGGCAAGUCACUAAGCCUACUUGUCUUAAUCCAGUGGAGAAGGAAAUGGCAAACCAUUCCAGGACCUUUGCUAAGAAAAUUCCAUGGACAAUAUAGUCCAUAGGGUCACGAAGAGUUGGAAAUGACUGAAACCACUGAACAAUAACAACAACCUGGUGCCAGGCUCUUAGGAUCUUAGUUUCUUUCUCAUUGAUUAUUUGUCUCAGCAUUAGGAAAUAAUUUGAUUGGCUCAAGCUAUUGUAAAUGAGAAUACUCCCUUUAUAUAGGGCCUAUAAAAGAAAAUAUGAAGACCCUCUGGGCGAGA